CUUCACUACUGCAGGGUCUGGUGGGCUUUGCUAUGAUCGACAAGCCUCAAAAUUCGGUAUACCAUGCCGUGCAUGCAUCACGCUGUGUCUCUUGGCACGGUUGAUGUCCCUGGCCCGAAGUUCGUCUCUUUUGAUCACUGUGGGCACCCAGAUGGGGGCUGUAAAUCUACGAACUCACUGCUUACUUACAACGUACGCACCUAAUCUAUGGGACUUCCGAGACCACAUGGAAAGCCUGAAGCUUGGCUCGUCGCCUAAUCGAGCUAUGCCUUGCGACUUGGGUCAAGUUCAUGCGCACCCACCACGUAUCCGCAUAUGGGUCUUGGCCAUGGCUGCGCCCAUGCCUCUGCAUAACUCAAGCCAUCGACCAGGAGAUAGGCCAGGCGCAGCAAUUCUUUCGUCGUUUCAAUCUUAUGUAUCAGAAUCCGAUGGCUGAAAGUACUCUACGGCUCCAUAUUCCUCAAGAGGUUCCGGGGAUAAAGAUGAGCUCGACCCCCUUUCAUUUUCUAUCCUGUUUCUUUAUCCACAAACAACAACACAGCUUUCUGCCUCCCUAAACAUUGUGUUCCUUUUAUCCCCUCCCUCAAAUCAAACACCUCGCUUCAUCAUGUCGAAUAACUGUACCGACAUCACCCCUGAAUGCCCUGUUGAAGACUCCGUCUAUGGCUACUUUCCCAGCAUUGGUGCCAACGCGUUCUUCUUAGGCUUCUUCGCUCUUUUUUGUGUCCUGAACUUGGGCUUGGGCUUUCGAUACAAAACAUGGUCUUACAUGGUUGCGCUAUCCUUUGGCUGCCUGACCGAAACCAUUGGAUACGUUGGCCGGAUAAUAAUGCACAGCAACCCAUACGCCGACGCCGGCUUCAUCACUCAGAUCUGUUGUCUGAUCAUUGCUCCCGCCUUCAACUCAGCAGCCGUCUACCUGACUCUCAAGCACAUCGCGCUGUGCUUCGGCCCACAGUUUUCCUUCAUCAAGCCUCGCUUCUACACCUACAUUUUCAUCGCCGCCGAUUUCCUUUCACUGCUCCUUCAGGCGGUCGGUGGAGCUCUUGCAUCAACUGCCGACACUCAGGAUCAACAGGACCUGGGAGAUAAUCUGAUGAUGGCCGGUAUCUGCUGGCAGGUAGCUGCGCUGGCAUUCUUUGCUGCCACUGCCCUCACAUAUAUCCUGCGACGAAAGAGGGGUCUCAAGAGCACUCCGCUCUCGCUCGAGGCAGCCACGACCUUGAAGGAUACUAAGUUCCGGCUGUUCGCCUUGGGCGUCGUGAUUGCCUGGCUCACCAUCUUCAUCCGAUGCGUCUAUCGUAUCAUUGAGAUGGCUGGUGGCUGGAGGAAUUCUAUCAUGCAAAACGAGACUGGCUUCAUUGUCCUUGAGGGAGUCAUGAUUGUGAUUGCGACUGCAUGUCAGACCAUCUUCCACCCGGGCUUCUGCUUUCCUCGACUCUCCUCGAAGUGGACACCAGACUACAAGCCGGUUGAGAGCAAGAAUUCUCGGGACGUCUCAAUGGAAGAUCUUCAAGCCGGCCCUGGUUAUGCUUGAAUGAAUGGUGGCUAGUAUAGACAACGGAUGGUAUAGAGGAGAGCCUAUGACAUGACUGGUGGAAUGGCGCAGGCGAACGGACUGGAAAGGUAUUGGGGAUUCCAAUUUACGCCAGAUCUGGGCCGUGCAUUUAGGAUCUCCAUUUGCUGCUUUGACGGGGACCAUGUAACGGAUUAGAUGUCUAGCACUGGAGCUACGGACCCUGCAACAGGACGAGAAGAAUCAAUUCAUCAAACAAAUA